AUGCUUUUUCGCUCGCCCUGCCCAGGCUUGUCACGCCCACUAUGCACAGAGAAGCUACUCAGCACUUUGAUCUUCUCCCUCUGGACCGUGCUCUGCAUUGCCGGACCGGGACAUGUCAAACAGGACGAAACGCCAGUGAUGUGGCGCUACGUCUGGCUCGAGCAAGUUCAGCAAUGCGCAGGCACAGCUCAGAUCAUCAACUACGAUGACAGGUCAAAGGUUUCUGUGCCAUUCACGGAGCUUGUGCACAGUUUUGGUGGAUCUGCACAGCUCGCUGCAAAUUUGCUCACUUCGAUGGUAGUCUCCAAAUUGCCGCAGAACGCUCGGAUCGUCAUUCUGGAUACAAGAGAGACCGAGGAAGAUUAUGAGUAUGACUACAGCCUUCGUAUCGAUGCCAAUGUCCUCCAAGAGUCCGAUUCCACGGAGCCAACAGAUGAAGAUCAGACGAAGAUAUCUCCCUGCUGCUCGGCAGAGCUCAAGAUGAAGCUCACGCUGCAGGUUUUGUGGGCCGAACUGGAGACGACUUCUGCCCAAUAUGAGGUUGCAUGCGGACCAUAUGUCGAUCUUUGCAUUUCGCGCUAUCCGACCUAUGUCGAAUGGACCUGCCAGGCCGCAAACAAAAUCCGUCUGAGUAAGCUUCAGGAGGACGAGACGAUCGCAACGAGCUUGACUGCGCACAACGCUGAGGAUAACAGCGAGCAAGUCUGCGAGGCACACUGCAUGCUCUUGAUUGAGCGAGGCUUGCUGCCAGCCGGCGGUCCAUUCAGCGCUAGCCCGGUGUGA